GGCGGCCCGGGGUGGAGGGUUCUAGAAGGCGUGACGUGGGGUCGGAACGGGCUCGGAGGCGGGCGCCUCUUGGCAGUAGGUGUGGCGGUAGCUGCCAGGCCUGGGGGCGCGGACGGUCGGGAUUGCGGUCGUACCCUGCUCCUCUCUCCCGCCAUGGCCGCACUCGGCCGGCCUUUUAGCGGCCUCCCCUUGAGCGGCAGCUCGGACUUUCUACAGCCACCUCCGGCCUUCCCGGGCCGGGCCUUUCCUCCGGGAGCCCACGGCCCGGAGCUUGCCCCGCGGCCGGGACCCCGCGCCGCCCCGAGCAGCCCGGGCGGGAGUACGGCGCUCGGACGUGUUUCCGUUCACUCUAAAAAGCACAAGCGAGAAGAGGAUGAUGAUGAUUGUCCAGUAAGAAAGAAAAGGCUGACUGAAGCAGAGGUCUGUACUGGCCCAAAUGACUGGAUUCUUUGUACACAUCGGGAUGUAGAGAGUCGAAGAGUAAAUCCAUGCACUAGUGGGCUUUCUGUACCUGGCAUGUUAGAUGCUAUUUGUGAAGAGAUGGAUCAGACAACUGGAGAACCACAGUGUGAAGUUGCCCGAAGGAGGCUACAGGAGAUUGAGGACAGGAUAAUUGAUGAAGAUGAAGAAGUUGAAGCUGAAAGAAAUAUUAACCAUCUCCCCAGCCUUGUCCUCUCAGAUACCAUGAAAACAGGUUUGAAGCAAGAAUUUGAUGAAGUCUUUACAAAGAAGAUGAUUGAGUCUAUGAGCCGUCCAUCCAUGGAACUUGUGCUCUGGAAACCUCUCCCUGAACUCCUUUCUGAUAAGCCAAAGCCAUCAUCUAAUGCUAAAAACUUCAUGGGAGAGAGCCAAACGAAGCAUGCAGCUGCUGCCACUGCCUUCCCACAGAGAACUGAACUGUUCUUGGAACCUCCGCAAACAGGGGUGCCUCUUUACAAUAGUUUGGAGACAGCUGCUAGCACAGAAGAAGAGAUGGAACUCUAGAAACCAGUUUCUAUACUAAAUUUGUCAAAAUUUAAAAGGCUCUCAUGUUCAGUAAUGCAUAGUGUCAGGACUUGAAAGUUUUAUGAAACGGGUGUCAUAAUAUAUCCACCUGUGAUUUGGGGUGGGACUUCCAUGUCGGGUAGCCAUGUGUUGAAGUUAACUUUUUGCCAUGGAAGUUUGUCUCAAGGGAAAAGCAGUUUUCUAGCAGAUUUCCUACAGGAAUUUUAGGUUAUAGUCUUUUCAAAGGCGAGUAUAGAAGCAGCAUGUGUAAGACUGAUUUAAGACAUCUGUCACAGUGUUUAAACCAUUCAUACACUUGGAGAACACUCUUGAGAUGAAAAAGAUGAUUAAGAAAGAAGGAUGCUCCUAACUACCAAUGUACCCUGUGAGUCACAGUUUAAGACAACUAUUUAUAGUGGUGACUAUAUGAUUGGGAAGCAGGAGGGAAGGAAGCAGUAGCAUAAGCCCGUUUCUAAGAAAUUGUUAAUAACUGAGGUUAUGAAACUUGGGUAUCAGUUUUCAGUUCAAAAUAGCUGUAUUGAUAAAAUAGCCAGUAGCAUUGUGGCUCUCCUCUGUCUCAGAAAAUGCAACAAAAAUAGAAAAGAUUUUCCUUCAGGUCUUUUUUGCCUUGUGCUACUGUUGCUUGUUGGUUUCCUUUCUAUAAUCGAUAGCUGUAAUGUUUACAGCUUGAUUAACUUUGAGUGCUAGUUUAAAGAUUGUGAAGUGAGCCAUCUGCAAAUUGCCUGUGGGAAAAGCAUCCUUUAACCCGAAGAAAGUGCUGUGUCAGCAAAACCCAGCAUUUAUAACAUCUGUUGUUUAAAAAAGGAAAGGUUGUACCUGCGUUAGCAAGUUGUUUUUAAAUGUUAAUUUGGAAAACUGAUUAACUGAGAAUGUAAAGGCAGUGAUACUGAGAUUACUGGAAUAGCCAGUUUGUCUAGUGCUUACACUGUUAUACAGUAACCCUAAAAAAAUCAGUGAAGAAUAGCUACCUGCCAGGAGGAAUCUCUGCCUUUUCAAUACUUAAUCCAAGCUUAAGGUGUCUUGGGAAUAACUGGGAUUAAAGUUUUUUAAUUUCUCAGGAAGAGCUCUUCUGUGUGUCCAGUACUCGUAGCACAAGGUGGAAUGACAGUUCCUUCAUUGCUACAGAACAUCCAGUACAAGUUAUUAAAUGAGUAUAAUAUUGUAAUAGUGGCCCUUUCGUCAUACAACAGGAGACCACCCCAGUUUUUUUACUGGGUUUCUUCCUCUGUAGGAGUCAUACCUUUUGUAGAAAAAAAAAAAAAGGUUUAUGCCAAGUAGAGGUGAAUAUUUGGAAAGCCAGCUUCCAGGCAAUGUUGAAACCCAUGUUGAAAUCCCUCCCCUCAUUAUAGAUGAUAUAGAAUCACAAAUCUAUUAAUUGGACUGUUCUUCAGCCUGUUGUUUCUGCUUUCUUCAUUUCUGUCUGGAUAGUCAGGAAAAGAUUUAAUGUUUAAUAUUUAAACAAAAUAUUUAAUGUCUACACAGUAAAAUUAUUCAAACUUCAAACCAGUAUUGAAUCCAGUUGGAAACCAGCUAAUAGUUUCUUAAUCUCAGACUUAGAGAUGAAUGUAAACUGUAUUCUGUUGAAAUGUGCAAGUGUUUGAUUCAUGCCAUUUGAAAAACUGCCUUGAGGUCAUUGUUUAAUGGGACCAGUAUAUAAAGUUUGUAGCCUUAAAGAAGUCUUUGUGCUAAAAAGUUUUGGUACAACUCAAAAACAUAACGGGACUGCCUAGAGUUUGGGUUUAGUCCCAGUGUCGUAGAGGAAAGGGAGAUGGCAGCUUUCCAAAGAAAGACCCAUAGCACACUAAGGGAUCUUCUAUUUUCUGUAGAAAUUGUUGGCCUCUGAUCAGGGGUCUAUACUAUAAAAAGGAAAAGAGAGCCCUAAAAUAAGACUGAUAUGGUGGAUAAAUAUAGGACAGAAUUAGGAGUCUUGUUUAUUACAGUCCAAAAUCCCCCAUUUGUUUCAGGGGUUAUUUGACAUCAUUAUUUCUGCAGGAAAGUAAAUGUUUAAUGCUCCUUUUUGGACUAUUUUGUCUUCUGGCAUAUGUUUAUAGAAAAUUUUCCUCAUCCUUGUGGUGCUUAUUUAUCUGAGCCAUCUCUAGAGUCCCAAUGUCUUUUUUUUGUUUGUUUUUUUGCCUUAAGGUUUCAUUUUGUACAGUUUUUGCAGCAUGGAUCAAACAGUGGCUUAAUAUGUGUAAAGAAAAAAUUAUCUAAAGCAGGUGAGCUUUAAUGAACAAAUGUAUAUUUUCUCUGAGUUUGAGUAGGCUUAUGUGUGGUUUGUUUCUAAUUAAUAUGAAUAAAGUAAGUCCAGUUCUCACAAAUAUUAAUCAUUUUUUAAAAUGCUACCCAUUCUUGAAAAGCUACAAAUAUAAAAUUUAGAAAAGUAAUUAGGGUAGGGCUUGGAACCAUGAAAAAAAUGUUUACCAGCAGGUCCAUUUAUUAUUUUGGAUUUGGAACUUUUUUCUAAUAGUGACAAGAAUGGGUGCAGUGCUAGAAAAGUUCUGGGAGAUGCUAUCAGUUUUACUUUAAAAUGAGAAUCUGGUGUUUCUGUAUUUUAUCAUUUUCAAUAAAACUUAAGUGUUUUGGACUUUUGAA